AUGGCCGUGAAGCGGUUCAGCGGGGCGCCCUUCGGGGUGCAGAGCCACAGGUUUGAUGUCUCUGCUAUCCACCCCAACCAGAAGAAGAUGAGCACCUUCACGGAGGUCCCCUACUCCAGGCUGUACUCAGUGGAUAUGUCCCACAUAGGACCUGGGACCUAUGGCUGCAAGAGCACCUGCUUCAGCAAGAAAAAGCUGAAGAAGGAGAUGGGCACAGGCUGGGCCAAGGCCCAGGAAGCCACGAGGCUGACCCAGAUGCCUCACUUCCAGUACUAGACCAUCAUGAAACAGAAGAGGCUGCAGAAGGAAAAGCUGGGGCCUGGCUCCUACAACUUCAAAGACUUCUUAGAACAGCUGCAGCAGAAACCGUGCAGCACCCGGGGGCUGCUCAGCUCUGGGGAGGCCCGCUUCCGAGGACCCACUGGGAACUACUAUCCAGGCCCUGGAAAUUACGGCGAGAAGGGCAACCCAUACACGAAGCUGGAGGAGAAGGCCUGGAACCGGUCUCAUUCCGAGGACCUCCUGUGCAGGAUGACCAACAAGCCACCCGCCUUGGCUCAUCAGGGCAGCGGUCUGGCACCAUGCACCUACACCCUCAAAAGCGGCAUAGAGGCCUGCUUGGAACGAUCCACGGGCACCCGCGGCCCCUAUGAAAUUUUCACUGGUGAUCGAAGCAAGCCCCAGCCGUAUGGACACUACUCCACGCAGAAAAAAAAGCCCAGGGAACUGGUGGAUUUUAAGAGCUUCGUGGAAGAACUUAAUUCCCCUCACUAUAAGAAGCGUGGGGUGUUUUCGAAGCUUUCCCGCUACCCGACAACCCCUACAGAGAAGAUUUACUGGUGCACCCUCAGCCAGUGUCCUGGAAGACUAGUCAGUGGUCCCAGUAUGUGGAUGCCUCCGGAGAAGAAGUACAUACACACCAACCAGCCACCAUUCCUGCUGUCCUCUAAGCGGACAGGCUUGCGGGUCUACCAGAUGCUCCUGGGAAGCUGGAACCCUGUGGGUGUGGGCCGCUACUUCAACACCUGGCCGGUGGAGACGAAGGACCAAAGGCAGCGAUAUCGGUCCUUGUUCUUGGGAGGAUCCAAGCGCUACCUCUCAGACCUGAACUGGGACAAGUUCAUGCAGGAAAGGCUUACACCUUUUACUAAGGGGAAGUGCCCUCCAACUGUGGAUUACAAUUCAGAUCCUACUCCUUAAAGCCACGCAUGAAGGACAGCCGGCGGUGGCCAGAGGGCCCAAAGGACUGCAGAAAAACCUGGGGACGGGAGAGCAGAAGAGGGAAUGGAGGGGUCUUGGAGAAAGGACACACGGGAACGCAUGGGAGGAAGAGAGGUGUGGGGAUGUGGCGGGAUCACUUUUACUGGAGUCAUCUACCUGGAGGUUGUGGUGUCUGCUGGAACACCUGGAGCCAGAUACCUUUUGCUACGAGAGAGAGCAGUUAUUCUGAGAAUUCAAGUUGGCCAGUGACAUAAACACGGGAGCCAGACAGCAGAUGGACCAAAAGGGUGAAACAUGGUGGACACUUUUGGGACCCUUCCAAUCUAAGGUCAAAGUCCUUGGCUCCCUGUUCAUUAAAAUCCAAAAAGAGGCGAGAGAGUGUGAAGUCUGUCAUGAGGCAGCUCAAGGUCCCCUCCAGGAGUAUUCCGUCUCCACCCCAGGAUGCUUCUGGAAGCUCGGCAGGUCCUCCGGCGAUAAGGACCCUUGCUGGUCUGUAAGCAAUAUGCAGCCAUUGGAAUGGUACCUGCCUCCCCCAGAGUCACGCCUUGUAAGCACACCCGUCUAGGGCAAAGGUGGGCUGUGGGCAGUGGCUGCAGU